AUGUAUAAUGUUAACCAAUCUGGUACUUUUAAUGCUUAUAAUACUCCUAAUAAUCGGCCUAAAGCUACUCGUACACCUAAACCUAGAAAUGAUGUUGGUGACGAUGUGGACGAUGGCAAGUACUACCAUGAUGACUCAGGUAAAUACACCCAUAUAGAAGGACCAAAGGGACCAGGUGCCGUUGGUUAUGAACAUAUCGAAGGUCCUGAAGGUGGUGUCGGUGGUGAAGGUGGAUUUGGAGGAAAUGGUGGUUUCGGAGGCAAUGGAGGAUUUGGCCCAGGAGGACCCGGUGGACCAGGUGGACCAGGAGGUCCAAACGGACCAAAUGGACCACCCGGACCAAACGGACCCCCUGGACCACCCGGACCACCAGGACCUCCCGGAACUUUCCCAGGCUCACCACCAGCCAAACCAAGCCCAGGUAAUAAGGGAACACCAGGAAAAGGUGCACCCGGAUCACCCGGAACUCCCGGCACCCCAGGAAACCGUGGAACACCAGGAAGCGGUAGCCCAGGAACUCCAGGAACACCAGGUACACCGGGAACUCCCGACAAAGGAAACCGCCCUUAUAAUCCCCGUGAAUCAGACCGUGAAACUGAGGGUUAUUUACCACCCCUAAAUUCCCCCAAACCCUAUGAUUUAGACGCUAAAUGUCCAUGCUCCCAGGCCACACUAACAUCAAAUGGUAGAAGCUCAUCGAAUUACAAACCACAAGCCUCGAUCUAUAAUAACGUAAUGCCAGCUGCACUACCCGAUAAAAUUCCAGUUUACCCUCAACAACCUGGACUUCCAAGCACUCUGUCUCCUAACAAUCUCCCCGAAGGGGCUGUCAUUGCUUUCAUGCCAGUGGUUUUCUUUCCUUCUAUCAGCGCGCUGCAAGAUUGCAAUCAGAAAACAACUCCUGUGAUACCAGCAGCCUUCACAAGUCCUUAUAAGUCAAACGAACAGUGUAUGUGCCCAUGUUCCUGUACCCAAAGUCUGCCAAACAGGAACAUUAAGAAACGCUCAAACAGCGAAAGUCAUGACCACCAUAAUGAGGGACAUUCGCACCCAAAGGUCCAAGAGCAUGAGCACUAA